AUAUAUGGUUUCGUGACACAGCGAUUUAAAUACGUAAUUUUGAGAUAGUUUGGCAAAAGUAUUUACAGCUUUACUUAAUUUACAUUUCCUUUUCUUUUGGAGAUCUGCGAUUCUGCAGUGGCAGCAGAACUAACUGCGCGGCUUCCUCCAAUCUCAGCCGUCCAACCAACCAAAACCAACGGUACAGAUUUUCGUAGCCCAAACCCCAAACCGCUUCACCACGCUCCUCCAUCCACCAACUCCGGCCACGCCGCCGCCGCCUGCCAUGCCGCGCCAUCUCCCCGCCGCCGCCGCCAGCCGCCGCCUCCUCUGUACCACGACCCACCUCCUCGCCCUGCCGCCCGUCGAGCCGUCCCCGGCCGCCGACGAGCUCGCCCGCCUCCUCCUUGCGCACCACAACCCCUUCCACCCGGCCGAGUCGCCGCUCCAGCUCCUCUCCGGCGGGGGGGUCUCCCUCACGGGGGACCUCCUCGUCCAGCUCCUCCUCCGCCUCCGCGGCGCCUCCAAGCUCGCGCUGUCGCUCCUCCACGCCGCGCGCCUCCACCCUCCCCCCGCCGCCUCUUCCCGCGCCGCCGACGCCUACGACGCCGUCGUGGACGCGCUCGGCCGCGCGCGCCAGUUCGACGCCGCGUGGAGGCUCGUCGUCGAGGCCGCGGCGGACGGCGCCGCCACGCCCCGCACGUUCGCGGUGCUCGCGAGGAGGUACGUCGCCGCCGGGAUGACGCGGCAGGCGGUGCGCGCGUUCGACGACAUGGAGGCGUUCGUCGGGAGGGAGCCCGACGCCGCCGAGUUCACCACGCUGCUCGACACCCUCUGCAAGUACAAGUAUCCAAAGGUUGCAGCGGAAGUAUUCAACAAAAGAAAAUACAAGUAUGAACCAAACGAAAAGAUGUACACUGUUCUAAUUUAUGGUUGGUGCAAGGUAAACCGAAAUGACAUGGCUCAGAAGUUCCUAAAAGAUAUGAUUUAUCAUGGGAUAGAACCCAACAUAGUUACAUACAACAUUCUCCUCAAUGGUAUCUGUAGGCAUGCAAGCUUGCACCCUGAUUACCGGUUUGAUAGAACAGUUCGUGCAGCUGAGGAUCUCUUGAAAGAAAUGCAUCAAAGGGGAAUCGAACCCAAUGUUACAAGCUACUCUGUCAUCCUGCAUGUUUACAGUCGUGCGCAUAAACCUGAACUAUGUCUCUGUAUGUUCCGCUCAAUGAAAGAGAGAGGCAUUUGUCCCACGGUGGCAACCUACACUUCUGUGAUCAAGUGCCUUGCUUCCUGUGGGAGAUUGGAUGAUGCUGAGAGCUUGCUUGAUGAGAUGGCAAGUGAGGGAGUAUGCCCCUCGCCGGCCACAUACAAUUGUUUCUUCAAAGAGUAUCGAGGGAGAAAAGAUGUGAAUGGUGCCCUACAGCUGUACAAUAAGAUGAAGGCCCCUGGUUCACCAGCCACACCUGAUAUUCACACUUACAACAUACUGCUUGGAAUGUUUAUCAAGUUGAACCAACAUGACACCGUUAUGCAAGUUUGGAAUGAUAUGUGUGAGAGCACUGUUGGUCCUGAUCUCAAUUCGUAUACCUUGUUGGUUCAUGGUUUAUGUGACAAUAAGAAAUGGAGGGAAGCAUGCCAGUUUUUCAUGGAAAUGAUAGAGAGAGGUUUUCUUCCCCAGAAGAUCACCUUUGAGACACUAUAUCGUGGUUUAAUACAAGCAGACAUGUUGAGGACCUGGAGAAGGCUGAAGAAAAGGGUUGAUGAAGAAGCAGCAAAAUUUGGUGAAGAAUUCAAACCAUAUCACAUUAAGCCUUACAAGAGGUGAUCCGCCACCAUUGGCAAGAUAUGAUAUGUUCAUUCUUUUGAUUGGUUCAAGUUGUACCAUAGCCUCCAAAUUAUGUUGAUCCGCCACCAUUGGCAAGAUAUUCCAUUUGACUUUCCCUUGAGUAGAGCUCGAAUGGAAUAUCCAUCCUGGUAAUUGAGCAAUUGAAAAGAGUGCGUCUUACCAGAAGGACACGCGAGAAAAGGUUGAAGAACUAAGUCGCAUUGUUGCCAGAUUUUGUAAAGGCACGAUCGCUUAAAGAUGUGGGCCAUAAUACUAGGUACAUCAAUUUAACAUGAGUAAAUUGUAAUUCUUUGGUGUGUUUGGAGAAACUUGAAGUUGAAGGUAAGCUACUUCUUCCUACUGCAGUUCAGAUAUUCACUUUGAAGUUCACAUGAGUGAAAAAGAUUCUAUGAAGCCAGUUGUGAAUAAUUUCUGCAUCUCUUUUACUCUCCUUUUUUACCAGUCGAGGUAUGGCUAUGUCCCAGGUUCAAAGGCUUGCAUUGGCUACUUGGAGAAACUGCACGGCUGAAAUUUCUCGCGAACCAAUCGAGCUUCUGGAGAUGGAUAUGGUUGUUGGCUUCAUUUGCAUGAUGAUGCUCAAGACUUUGUUUAUAUUGUCCCAGCACAGGGCAUCUGAUAGGGUUAAGUUUGAGUCUGUCUUCGUAGAACAGCGAUAUCUCUUGUUAUAUUGUCCCAGCACAGGGCAUCUGAUAGGGUUCAGGUUUGAGUCUGUCUUUGUAGAACAGCGAUAUCUCUUGACUGUCAGUACUUUAUUUCACAGAAACUAGUGUAGGUUUGUUCCUACAAGAUCCAAGUUUUUUUUUUAUUACAAAUAGGUUUAAGCAACAUCAAAAUGAAUAUGUUUAAAUGUAAGAUAUUAGUAAAAUGCUUUUGAUUCGAAUCUAAUUAUACAACUUUGU